ACUGUUAUUGCUCAAUUCUGGCAACCCACCGGCCUUUGGACGUCGCUCCUCCAUCCUGGCACUUACCUUCAUCCUGGUAACUCAAAAGUCCCGGACUGAAAACAGGAACAGGUGGAGGAUGAGUUCAGCAGCAGAGGAUGAAGAUGCUGCGGUGUUAGAAACCGUCAAGUCCGUCACGCUCACCCAGGACAGCGACGGAAGCAUCAUUCUUCACUGUCCUCCCAACGACGAGGAGUCGGAGCCCCAUCGGAAGAAGCUGCGACUCUCUGGAGAUGGACAGACGGACUCGGAGAUUCCUCAGUUCUCCAUCGUCACUUUGCCCAUGUCUGAGAGCGAGAGCUUCAAGGUGACGAUGACGGCCGCAGCAGAUGGGGAUCUCUCUGAUGACGGCGUGGCCCAGAUUGAGGAAGAAGACUCUUUGUCACCAGAUCAGAAGACGGAGGUGUCGCCUGUCAGUCAGGCCUGGUUCACGACUAAAGAAGAUAAAGACACGUUGACCAACAAAGGUCAUAAAUGGAAACAGGGAAUGUGGUCUAAAGAGGAAAUUGAUAUCCUGAUGAGCAACAUCGACCAAUACGUGAAGGGCCGCGGCAUCCAGGACCCCGCUGAGGUGAUUUUUGAAAUGUCCAAAGAGGAGAGGAAGGAUUUCUAUCGCUCUGUGGCGUUGGGAUUGAACAGGCCGCUGUUCGCCGUCUACCGGCGAGUUUUACGAAUGUACGACAAUCGCAACCACAUCGGCAAGUAUACUCCUGAGGAGAUCGAGAAGCUGAAAACGUUGAGGGAAAAACACGGGAACGAUUGGGCCACGAUCGGAGCAGCUCUGGGUCGCAGCGCCUCCUCCGUCAAAGACCGUUGCCGCCUGAUGAAGGACACGUGUAACACAGGUAAAUGGACCGAGGAGGAGGAGAGACGCCUCGCAGAGGUCGUGUACGAGAUGGCAGGUGCAACGCCGGGGUCAGCGGUCACUGGAGGCGUUUCCUGGGCAACGGUUGCGGAUCGGGUUCACACGCGCUCAGAGAAACAGUGUCGGUCAAAGUGGCUGAACUACCUGAACUGGAAACACAGCGGAGGAGCCGAGUGGACGAAGGAGGACGACUUGAACCUGUUACGCAGGAUAUCAGUACUGAAAGUGGAGGAUGAGAACGAAAUCAACUGGGAGGAUCUGGCGUGGGGGUGGAGCAGCGUCCGGUCGCCUCAGUGGCUGCGAUCCAAGUGGUGGAGCAUCAAGAGACAAGUAGCCAAUCACAAAGAAAUCCCUUUUAGCGUUCUUCUGAAGGGUCUCGAGGAGCUGAUGACGUCCUCACAAACUGCAUCCGUGCCAGGGAGUCCCUCCUCUUCCUCCCUUCAGAUCCGACUCACCCGAUUGGACGAGAGCAGCGGAAGCCCCGCCCCCAGCUCUGUGGCCGCACUGCAGAUUCCCGUCCAGAUCCCGCUGCAGAUCACACACCUGGCUUCAGAUUGUGCAGCAGCCAGCGACACCGACACCAUCACUCUGAACACGGGGGCCCUGCAGACCUUCGAGAUCCUGCCGUCCUUCCACCUGCAGCCCACCAGCACCCCGGGGACCUACUACCUCCAGACGACAUCUAACCAAAGCCUUCCUCUCAGCUUAGCCAAUAACGGCACGGUUACCUUGACGACAGGCUCCUCACCCUCAUCACACGAGCACAUCAUCCUUCACAGCCUGUCGACUGACGGCCUCUGCUCUGGCGACGGAGUUAUCAUCCAGACAGUGUCCUCUGACCCCGCCUCCUCAGAUGCCCUCGGCCAACCACAGCUUGUUGUGGGGACAAAGGGGCGGAGCCAAGAUGAUAGCCUUGAUGCCUCGAAUCUCCUGGAGGAUUCAGAGAGGGUUGAAACUCAGGAGGCAAUGACAGAAGAUUUUACUGACAAGGGGCUGAGCUCCCCCUCUGUUGAAGGUCCAGAGGUGCAUUCUGGGAUACCCUCUGGCAGCACCGUGCUGAUUGUGUCUCCUGCCAACAUCAGCAGCACACUGACAGAUCCCAUCUUGGAGAACCAGGAAGGCUCAGACUAGGGCUGGGCGAUACUGCAAACUUUGGUAUCGAUCUGAUACCAAGUAAAUCCAGGGCUAGUAUCGCAGAUACAGAGACUUUUUCUUGAAAUUUCACAUUUAACGAUUUUGCCUUUAAUCAUUGAUUAUUAUUAUCACAUCAAACACAAUAUAAAGAUUAUUGUCAAACAUUUUUUAUAAAUAAACUGAAUGGCAAAUAUGAAAUUUAUAAAUUUAAGUGUUUUUAUUUAUAAACAUAAAAUAACAUCAACAUUGUAACAAAAUAAGAAAACUGUUGAUAAAUUCCCAUUUAUCACACAAUUGUUUGAGAAAAAAUAAAUUCAAGAGUGUAAAUUAGCUUAACAAAAGCAAAACCUACUAUUGGUUGGCUCUCAUUCAUUCGCACUCUGUAAGAAAAAAAUUGAUCUCAUCACGCCGGUAUUGAUCGAUAGCGAUACUAGCCCUGGUAUAGAUAAUAUUGAUAUUUGGAUCAAUCCGCCCGACCCUAGCUCGGACUGAGCUGGAGGACCACAGGACACCGCUGCCGUCUCAGAGUUGAACUGAGUCUUGACGCAUGUUUUCAAAACAGGACAUGAUCAUCAUGUAAACAGACUCUGAGGGUCCCAGGAAAUGAAACAGGAGUGUGAACAAGGUCCUUACACUGUGCCAAAGAGACUGGACAGGCUGUGACUGAGCUCACCUGUCCCUGUUCACAAAGACUCAAUAAAGAUGGACGUGUCGCUGCUUCCUCUUCCUGCCGAAGGUGAAGCCAGGCUGGAGGAAUGUGCUCAACUAAAGCCCUUUUUAUUUACAGCCAGACAAAAUUCUGUACACAUGAAGAGGAGCCUCAGACUGAAUGACAGGUGAAAAUAAUAACUAUUUAAAUCUUUUUUCACUUUAAAUUAAAGGAUCAUGAAGUUG